AAAGUACGCAUGCGCUGUAUGCAUGUAGCGGUAUGGCAAAGAGAGCUGUCAACAUAAACUUGUAAUUGUUGGAUCUAAAACGAGAAGUAACAAGAGGAUCUCUGAAGUAAUGUACCCUCUAAAGAAAAUAACAAAAGAAGAUACUUGGAGAUCUGAUGACUUAAAAGUGCACAUUCAGGGACAUCAUGAGGAGAGCAGAAGAAGAGACAGAUCAAAACGAGAAGGGGAGCACAAGAAACACAGGGAUGGAGAAUCUCUGGAUCGCCGACACAGAGACCCUGAUCGAGAUGCAAAGAGAGAGAGAGAAAAACAGAGAGAGAGCACAAAAGAAGGAAGUAAGCACAGAGACCCAGACAGGGACAGAAACCAGGAUAGCAAGGGGGAGGAGGUAAGAGAGGAUAGAUACAAAGAGAAAAGUAGAGAGCGAGAGAAGGCGGUAGACAACAGCAGUCAUCGAGAUGGCGAUAAAGGGAGUGAGGAAAAACGACGUGAGAUGGAAAACAGCAAACGACGGAGGAAUAGAGAGAAGGACAGGUAUAAUGAUGGGGACAUAGGGAUGUACAAACAGCGGGACAGGGAUAUAGAGGGGGAUAGAAAAAAAGAUGGAGAAAGGGAGCGAAAGAUUGAAAUGGAUAGGAGGAAAGAGGAGAGACGAGAAGAUCUGGAUCAUUCAAGAACAGAAGAGAGGGUCAGAGACAAAGAAAGAGAGAGGAGAGAAAGACACAGAGCAAGAGAAAGUGACUACAGUCAACAUGAAAAUAAGGAAAAACAGAGAGAGGGAGACUCUAAAGCACACUCUGGCCACAAAGAAAGAGAACACAGAAUAGAUAGAGAAAACAGAGAGAAAAGAAGACGGGAUAAAGGAAGCCAUGAGGCAGACACAAGUCACUCUCGUGAAGUUGAACGUGAGCGCCGACACCAGGAGAGGAAAGAGCCGAAGGAUUAUCUGCAUGAUAUCAAAGAUGGGGACAAGGAGAGAAUGAAAGCCAGGGAGAGGAAAGAGCAAGACAGACGGCGUGAAAGAAGGUACAAGGAGGAUUCAGACUCGAAGAGGAAUGACAGAAAACGGACAGAGAAACAUAAAGAAUCCUCAGGCCAUAAACACAGUGAUAGGAUAAACAGAGACAAAGAGGAAUCUACCGCAAUACCUCAGUUAACUUGGAGGUCUAUUCAAGCUCAAAUGAGUGAUCCAGAGAUCCCUGUAGAGAAUGAUGAGGAGGACAAACAGUCGGGCAAGGAUUAUCAUAAUGAUGAUUAUGAGGAGGAUUUUGAGAAUUAUGAGGAAGAUUUUGAGGAUGAAGAUGAAGAGGAGGAUGAUAAGGAUGAAGUGGAGCAUGACAAUAGAGGGAGAGAAGAGAAAAGGGAGCUGAGCCCCAGGAGAAGAGAAGAGAUUGAAGCCAUCCAGAGAGCCAUUGAUGAGGAGAAUGAGAGAAUCUCGUCAGCAAGAUCACAGCGCACAACCACAGAGUCAGCUUUCCCCUAUAGAGAGAACCACUCAGACGGUGGUCGAACACAUGGCAAAAUUAUUGAUUUUGUUUCAGCAAAGCAUCGAGAGAUCAGCCAGAAGGUGGCCAAAAAACAGAAGCAACGUAGUGAGGAACUGCUGCGUCUAAUUGAUUUAGACUUCUCCAUCACCUUCUCUCUCCUGGACCUGCCUCCUGUCAAUGAGUAUGACAUGUACAUCAAGAACUUUGGAACGACCAAUACAAAACAGGCUUAUGUGCAGUGUAAUGAAGACAAUGUUGAUCGAGACAUUCAAACAGAAGAAGUUGAAAUGAUGGACAAAUGGACACAACACCCACCAGAAACUAAAGCAGCCUGUGGAGGGCCCAAGGUUUCUCAAGAAACAACUGAUGAGUCCAUGGCAAGAAUGACCACUGACUCUCAACGUUUAACUGCUUUCCUACGUUCUGCCAAACAGGUGAUGGCUGUGCUGAUAGAGGAGAAUAUGGCAGAGAGUAAUUCUCUAAGAAGACUUCGCUCUCAAACGGAUGCGCUUUCCUUCAGUGAUGGCUGCCUUCAACUCAACACCAAGCUCCCCUUUCUGCAUGGUCGACAGGUGAGUCUGCUGCAGUUCUCUCACAUCCAGAGACAGACUCUUCUCUCUGUUCAUCCUCCUUCCUCCAAAACCAGUGCAGUGCCACUUAACAGUGAAACAGUCAUCUGUGUGUGGAACAUCUGGGAACCAUCCAGACCCCAAAAAAUACUACUUUAUGAAUCUGAGGUUAUGUGCUGUUGCUUCAGUCCUGGUAAAGUUACUUUAGUGUUUGCUGGUACAUCAGUGGGCUCUGUGGUUGUGUGGGAUCUCAGAGAACAUUCUGGUACUCACUGCAACUUGGUGGUCGGCAAGGAGGAUUGGACACUGCGUUACCCAACUUUCUCAACGGAUGCUGUGCUUUCAGGGGUGGGUCAUCUCUCUCCUGUGGUGUCCAUUGAACCUGUACUGUCGACUGGUGAGACAGGUUCAAAUAGCAUACUAACUGCAGACAUAGAAGAGUCUCUGGGACUGUCAUUCCAGUUAGGAUCUCUGGAUGAAAAUGGGGUGUUAACUCUCUGGGUUGUGGUUGAGCUGCCCAAAGGAAAUGAUUCUGGAUCUCAAACAGACUUGGGUCUUAGACCUGGUGGAAAAGUUAAACUGCUCCACAGCUCCUCUCUACAGACCACUGAGAAAUCCCUUCAACACAUUAUAGGAUGUGGACCACCUCUGAGCCUUCAGUUAAAGUUCCUCCCUUCUGACUCUAAUCAUUACUUUGUUGGUACUAACAUGGGUCUGGUUAGGCAUGGUACAAGGCAUAGCUUGAAAGUUCUUCCGAAGUUCUACAGAUCACAGUUUGAUAGCUGUAAACCGGUGGAGGUCACAACACUUGACUUUAGUCCUUCAGGAGAACCCUUUUUCUUGGUUGGCUGCAGUGAUGGCACAGUUCGUUUACACUCAGUCCUGAGAGAAACUCCAUUGAUGGAGUGGUCUGGAUGUUCAAUUUGCACUCCUAUUCUCUCAGUGCAGUGGUCUCAGACGCGGCCAGCUGUGUUUUGUGUUCUGGAUGCUGCGUCUGAUCUUCACAUCUGGGACCUAACAGAGAAGGACUAUAUGCCAGUCAUCACAGAGAAUAUACACAAUGACCGGGUAACAGCUAUGGCUGUGUUUGGUGAGCCAGCCAAACAGAACACAUUCUCUGGGGUUGCGCUUGCAAAGCAGUCCGGCAAGGUGGAGAUUCAGUAUUUCAAGAAGUCUCUUACAGUGUCUAAAGCCUCUGACAAAGAAAAGCUUCAGUCUGUUCUACAGGACACUUUUUGAGAUAUAUUCUCAUUUUCCAAAUCAGAAACUGACUCUGUUUGAGCUCAGAUUCAAAUUAAUAUCCAUUUAAGUAAAGGAGGACAACAAAAAUUAAAUUGAGAAAGUCAUUAACAAUAUGGACAAACUUUCAGAAUUAUAUUUCAUUGUAGUAAUAUAUAUAAUAAUUAUAAUUAAUAAUUAUAAUAAUAUAGCAGUAUAGUAAAAAAGCUACAUGCUUUAAAGGGUUCGUUCACACAAAAUUAAAAUUUGUCAUUGUUUACCAACCCUCAAACUUUGAUUUUCUUUCAACUGUGGACCACAAAAUAAAAUGUUAGGCAUAAUGUUAGGGACUGAUAGCCUCAGUCUCCAUUCACUUUUAUUGUAUACAUAUAUGAAUGUGUGAUGAAUGAAAGUGAAUGGUGACGGAGGCUUUCAGUUUCUAACAUUCUGCCUUACAUUUUAUUUUGUGGUCCAAGGAAGGAAUUUAUAUGAGUUUGUAACUACAUGAUGGUGAGUAAAUGAUGACACAAUUUUAAUUUUUUUGUGAACUAACCUUUUAGCGGUGUCUGUAACAGUAUGAACAGUAGAGGAUGAGAAAUGGUUGUUUACUAUUGCCACAAUGGCAACCCUUUUUCUUCUGUACAAUUAACAAAUGAAGAACUCCUCUGGCUUAAAAUAUAUUACAUCUGAACUUUGUGAAGGAACAUGAUUUCAAGGCAGUAACAGCAUUUUGCAAGAUUUGACCAAACACUAAAGGGAGCACAUAAAUAUGAGCUCUCUGUUCCUCAGGGAUACAAAGACAUGUAAUCUUAGUUUUAUAAUAGUAGCAUUUAUACAGGAUUGUAUUUCUUAUAGUCCCUAGCAUUUCUCCACUUGAAUCGUACUAUCAUAAUUAUUGAAGCUACUUUGUAUUAAAAGAUGAUUUUCAAUUUGACUUUUUUUUUUUCUUGUUGUCUUUUUAUUCACUUCUUAAAUUAAUGUCUUAAAGAGCUGUUCUUCAUUAUAUUAGCAACGGUACACUCAGAAGUGUCCCCAACACUAUGUAUCCUUGUGAUCUUUUGGAAAGCAUGAGCAAUAGAUGAUUUAAUAUUUUUGUAGGACCUGUGAAAUAAAAUGUUAUGUUUUUUAUUUGUUUGUAGUUAGCUUUAGAUUUGGUAAUUGUAAUCUGUAAAUCUCAUUAAGUUAACAACUAGGUUUGAAGAUUGAAUCCAACGGGAUAUUUUCUGCAGACUUAUUUUCAGGAUAUCUUGUGUUUUUCAUAAGAAUAUAAAAGAAGUGGUAAAAUGGUUUAAAAAAAAAAAUUGGCUAUAAUACUUGUUUCAGUACGCUACACAAUUUAAAUUCUGGGAACCAAAAAUCCUUAGUUGAGUAUUAAUUUAAUAUUACAGUAUAAUAGAAUAAUAGAAAUGCUAUUCCUACAGCCAAUGACUUGAAUAAACCUCUUCUAUAUGAUGAAAAUUUCAUACAAUUUCUAAAUAAAAUGCUUGUGGGGCAUAAAGUGAAAAAUGUCAAAGUGGUAUAACUUUAUAAUAACAAAUAAAAUAGAAAAUCUCAUUACAAAGCCUGAUAUUCUUUGAUAAGUAGUUAUAGUAGGCAUGCUCUUUGAUUAUCUAAAAAUCUUUAAAGUAGUGCAUCCUUGUAUACACUGUAUA